AUGAUUUUUCUUAAGCCGGCAACAGAUGAUCAGUGCUUCAAAAGACAGAGCUCACACUUGUUCGAUGUACUAGUUGCAGAUCAUAAGCGAUUGUCAGCAACUUUCGGGGGAUGGAAGACUGGUAUCAGUUCUGGCAUAUCGACGGGACACGACCUCGAUCUAAUAAAAAUCGGUCAAGCAAGAAAUAAGAUCAUGGAUAUUAAACUCAAUCAAGUAUCUGACUCCGUUACUGGGCAAACUGUAGUGGAUCCCAAAGGUUAUUUAACAGAUUUGCAAUCUAUGAUUCCUCAAUAUGGAGGCGAUAUCAAUGAUGUGAAAAAGGCGCGCUUUCAUUCAGCAAGAAUGUUGUUGAAAUCUGUUCGGGAGACAAAUCCAAAGCAUCCUCCUGCAUGGAUUGCCAGCGCACGUCUGGAGGAAGUUGUGGGGAAGCUUCAGGUUGCUCGGCAUUUGAUCAUGGAAGGCUGCGAGAAAAACAAAAGAAGCGAAGAUAUUUGGUUGGAGGCUGUCAGGCUACAUCCUCCUGAAACAGCUAAAGCUAUUGUCGCUAAUGCUGUACGUGCGAUGCCACACAGCGUUCGAAUUUGGAUGAAGGCGGCCGACAUCGAGACGGACAUGAAAGCCAAGAAGAAGGUCUUUCGCAAAGCUCUGGAACAAAUCCCAACAUCUGUCCGUCUUUGGAAAGCUGCAAUCGAAUUGGAGGAGCCAGAUGAUGCUAGAGUGCUCCUUACUAGAGCCGUCGAGUGUUGCAGUUCGAGCACAGAGUUAUGGUUGGCCUUAGCACGGCUAGAAACGUACGAAAAUGCAAGAAAGGUUCUGAAUAAAGCUCGUGAACACAUACCUACUGAUCGCCAAAUUUGGUUGUGUGCUGCUCGGUUGGAGGAAACUCGUGGUCAAAAGGAUAUGGUUGACAGAAUUGUACAAAAGGCGUUGACAUCAUUAACGGCCAAUAUGGUGGAAUUAAACAGGGAACACUGGAUGAAGGAUGCAGUAGAUGCGGAAAAAGCCGGCUGUACGCUCACCUGUCAAGCAAUAAUUCGUCAUGUUAUUGGUGCUGGUGUAGAAGACGAGGAUAAGAAGGCGACAUGGCUUGAGGAUGCUGAUUCAUUUGCCAAACAAGGAGCCUUGGCAUGCGCUCGAGCUGUGUAUGUCCACGCACUUAAAAACGUAGAGAAAAGAAAAGGAAUAUGGUUGGCUACUGCUCACUUUGAAAAAACUCACGGAACAAUUGAAGAGUACGAAGCAGUUCUGGCGGAUGCUACUGCGUCGUGCCCUCAAGUUGAGGUUCUCUGGUUGAUGUACGCUAAAUCACGUUGGUUACAUGGGGACGUUGCUGGAGCGCGAGAAAUACUUGCCAAGGCUUUCGAGCACAAUGCAAAUUCUGAGGGAAUCUGGAUGGCUGCUGUGAAAUUGGAAUCUGAAAAUAAUGAGUUUGCUCGAGCUCGACGUCUCCUAGACAAGGCAAGGCGUAAUGCCCCAUCUGCUCGAAUUUGGAUGAAAAGCGCCCGCCUGGAAUGGUGUUUAGGUGAUCUGGACAGAGCGAAGGAGCUGAUUAAAGAAGGGAUGGAAAAAUAUCCUGACUUUGCAAAGUUCUAUAUGAUGCUUGGCCAAAUCUAUCUACAGGAAAAUAGUUAUGACGAGGCAAGGAAAAUUAUAACAGAAGGAAUAAAAAAAUGCCCUGGAGCCAUCCCACUCUGGUUGUUGCUUAGUCGUCUAGAGGAGUCUCAAAAGCAAAUCAUUAAGGCCAGGUCUGAUUUAGAAAAGAACUUGUUUCAUGCUCGUAUUCGGAAUCCGCGAAACGAAGACCUUUGGUUGGAGUCGGUGCGGCUGGAGAUGCGGGCUGGUUUACGUGACCUAGCUUCGGAGAGAUUGGCACGAGCUUUGCAAGAAUGUGAGGGGUCAGGACGGUUGUGGGCAGAAGCGAUAUGGAUGGAAGAGCGACAUGGCCGCCGGGCCAAGUCUGUUGAUGCACUGAAACGAUGCGAACACAACCCGCAUGUGCUCAUUGCAGCAGCUCGUCUUUUUUGGGCCGAAAGAAAGGUGAAGAAGGCUCGUGAGUGGUUCCAGCGAGCCAUCAACGUUGAUCCAGAUAAUGGAGAUGCUUAUGCCCACAUCUAUAAAUUUGAAUUAAUGCUUGGAUCAGAUGAGGAGCAAGAAAAAGUGUUGAAGAAGUGUGAGGAGGCCGAGCCACGUCAUGGAGAGCUGUGGGUGACCGUCUCCAAGGACCCCAAACAUUGGCGGAAGAAAACGGGGGAAAUUCUAAAGACAGUGGUCGCUAAUAUUCCUAUACCAUCAUAA